CAUGACAAACAUCUCAGAUAUCCAGCGAAAUAUAUCCCAAGUAGCCGGCACAAGCAGUGUUGACAUUAUGAGGUAUACCUUACUCGGAAUAACGCUAGCAAGUUUUGUAUUCUUCUUCUAUUUUGUGGCAGUUAUGCUAAGUGUCGGCUUCACCAGCACUGUUGCUCGUCAAGAAGUCCGCUACAUUUUGUUCACCCACAUGCUUGUUAAUGACUUGGUCUAUCUUCUCCUUACCCUGUUAAUGUUCUUAACUAACAUUUUUCCCAGCAAGUUUCCUGCAUCAUUGUGCUACAUUAUGGUCCUCAUGACCUCCACCACUCUGAAGAUCACUCCCUACAACCUGGCCAUCAUGUCUUUGGAACGCUAUAUUGCCAUAUGCUUUCCACUACGACACAAAGAGAUCUGCACUUUACAUAGAAUGGGCAUUGCUAUUGCAAUUAUUUGGGCUAUUGGAUUCUUGCCAAAUGUCGCUGAUUGCUUUGUUCUCAUUAUGUCGGUUGAACAAAGAUUUUUCUCUCAGGAUAUUCUUUGCAGUCGGAAUGUGUUCAUUGUCAUAUCUGUCCAAAAUACCAUAAGACUAGCCAGCCAUGCUUUAACUUUUUCCUUGGUGGGGCUCAUAAUCAUCUUUACAUACAUCAAAAUCACGCUUGUGGCCUUCAGGGUUGACUCGAAUAAGUCGUCUACCUCCAAAGCUAGAAGAACGGUCAUGCUCCAUGCAUUACAGCUCCUGCUAUGUAUGAUGACUUACAGCUACAGCAUCAUUGACAUUCUCCUUAAAGGUUAUAAUACCUUACUUCCCAUCAUCAAUUUUUUUUUCUUCACAUGUUUGCCAAGGUUCCUCGGCCUUUUCAUUUAUGGGAUUAGAGAUAAGCUCUUUCGCAAGCAGUUUAAAAAAUUUACUUGUUGUAGUCCAAAAUAG